CAUGAGAGAGAACUCUGGCAGGCGAGCGUGCGUGUCAACUCAUCUACUAGUAAAGCAUGAGCGUCGAAGAGUGUCGUAAGAUGUCGACCCCAGAUCAUCAUUGAUUGGUUCUUUGAAUCACAGCCAGACGACAUGCAUCCCUCUGUACACUGGUUGGACUGCACGUACUGUGCUCGAUGCACCAGUAAGCGCCGAAGUGAUUAAUGAAUGGCAUUGCCUAGUAAUGCCACACGUUAUCUAUCACCGCCGUAGAGAAUGGUGGUUUCUGUCAAAAGCUGCGGUGCGUAUAUUAUGUGGACCUUUGUUUGAACGGGAUCAAAUACUUAUGACGAGGACGACAAAUUGCCACUGUCAGGCAGUCGCAUCUGAGCUGCGGUUCGGUGUGCGCUUGCCUAUGCAACACGUUCAGGAGCUCGCGUUGACCAAUGCUGCCGUUGCCGAGGGCAACGCGCGUGCGCAAGCCCUGUGUCUUACUGCGGUCAACGUCCCGAUUGGGGCGGCGAUCCGUGCAAAGUCGUUCAGUCUUGGUGUUAUGCGUUGCUCGAUCGCAGCUUAGUUUGUGCGAAGCUAUUCGGACCCACAGCCGAUACCUCC